CGGGCAGGUCCUUCAGGUGGGAGACUUUGCGGUGUUGGACAAAAAGAAGUUAGCAGCGGUAAUCUUGGUUUUGCUGUAGUGUUUUUUCAACGUUUUAAAUAUUUUUCUUCGUCGUCUCAACAAAGACGAUUCCCGAGUUAUAUUGUAUCUCUAAUAUAGUGUAGCUGAGGAGGCAUUAACUAGCCAAUCAUGAUAACAUCUGCUGCUGGAAUAAUUUCACUCCUUGAUGAGGAGGAACCCCAGCUCAAGGAGUUUGCUCUUCAUAAACUAGACUCCAUUGUAAAUGACUUCUGGGCUGAAAUUUCAGGAUCAGUGGACAAAAUUGAGGUGUUGUAUGAGGAUGAAACAUUUCGCAGCAGAGAAUUUGCUGCUCUGGUGGCUUCUAAGGUUUUUUACCACCUUGGAGCUUUCGAAGAAUCUCUGAACUAUGCUCUUGGUGCUGGAGAUCUCUUCAAUGUCACAGAUGACUCGGAGUAUGUUGAGACCAUAAUUGCCAAGUGCAUUGACCAUUACACCAAGCUGCGAGUGGAAAACGCUGAGCUGCCGGAGGAUGAGGAGAAGAAAACAAUCGAUCCUCGACUUGAGGGCAUUGUUAACAAGAUGUUCCUACGUUGCUUAGAUGACCACAAGUACAAGCAGGCCAUUGGUAUUGCCUUGGAGACCAGGCGACUCGACAUGUUUGAAAAGACUAUUUUGGACUCGAAUGAUGUGAGCACACUCCUUGCCUACAGCCUAAAGGUGUGCAUGUCCUUGAUGCAGAAUAAGAAGUUCCGUAAUGAGGUGCUACGGGUGCUGGUUAAGCUGUACAUGAACUUGGAGAAGCCUGAUUUCAUUAAUGUCUGUCAGUGCCUGAUAUUCCUGGAUGACCCACAGGCUGUGAGUGACAUUUUGGACAAGUUGGUGAAGGAAGACAACCUGCUGAUGGCCUACCAAAUCUGUUUUGACCUAUAUGAAAGUGCCAGCCAGCAGUUCCUCUCCUCUGUCAUCCAGAAUCUGAGGACUGUUGGCACACCUAUCCCUGCAGUUCCUGGUUCUACAAACACAGGCACUGUGCCCACUGCCGAAAAAGACAGCGAUGCAAUGGAGACUGAUGAGAAGGCCGGCAGCUCACCUGCUGGAAAGUCUGCAGAAAUGAAAGAUGAGCCCAAAGACCAGAAUGCCAAGAUGAUCAAAAUCCUUAGUGGGGAGAUGGCCAUUGAGCUGCACCUGCAGUUUCUAAUUCGAAAUAACAACACAGAUCUUAUGAUUCUCAAAAAUACAAAGGAUGCAGUUCGAAAUUCAGUGUGUCAUACAGCCACAGUCAUAGCUAAUUCUUUCAUGCACACUGGAACCACAAGUGACCAGUUCCUGAGAGAAAACUUGGAAUGGCUAGCAAGAGCCACCAACUGGGCAAAGUUCACAGCCACAGCUAGUUUGGGUGUCAUCCAUAAGGGUCAUGAGAAAGAGGCACUGCAGUUAAUGGCCACCUACUUGCCCAAAGACACCUCACCCGGAUCAGCCUACCAAGAAGGUGGAGGGCUUUAUGCAUUGGGACUUAUCCAUGCCAACCAUGGCGGGGAUAUUAUAGACUAUCUUCUCAGUCAGCUCAAGAAUGCCAGCAAUGAUAUUGUCCGUCAUGGUGGCGCUCUGGGCCUUGGUUUAGCUGCCUUGGGUACAGCCAGACAGGAUGUUUAUGACUUGCUCAAGUCCAACCUGUACCAGGAUGACGCAGUCACUGGUGAGGCUGCAGGCUUGGCUUUGGGUCUGGUCAUGCUGGGCUCCAAGUCGGCCCAGGCCAUCGAGGACAUGGUAGGCUAUGCUCAGGAGACGCAGCAUGAGAAGAUUUUGCGUGGUUUAGCUGUGGGUAUCGCCCUUGUCAUGUAUGGACGGAUGGAGGAAGCGGAUGCCCUAAUUGAGAGCCUCUGCAGAGACAAGGACCCCAUUCUGCGUCGCUCUGGAAUGUACACGGUGGGCAUGGCCUACUGUGGCUCUGGGAACAACAAGGCCAUUCGACGUCUGCUCCAUGUGGCUGUGAGCGACGUGAAUGAUGAUGUCAGAAGGGCUGCUGUCGAGUCCAUUGGCUUCAUCUUAUUCAGGACCCCCGAGCAGUGUCCUAGUGUGGUUUCGCUCCUGUCAGAAAGCUACAACCCUCAUGUUCGCUGUGGGGCAGCAAUGGCUCUGGGCAUCUGUUGUGCUGGGACAGGUAACAAGGAGGCCAUCAACUUGCUUGAGCCAAUGACCAAUGAUCCAGUAAACUAUGUGAGGCAGGGUGCACUCAUUGCCUCUGCUCUCAUUAUGAUCCAGCAAACUGAGGUCACCUGUCCUAAGGUUAAUCAGUUCAGGCAACUUUAUGCAAAGGUGAUCAAUGACAAACAUGAUGAUGUUAUGGCCAAAUUUGGUGCCAUCCUGGCCCAGGGAAUCCUCGAUGCAGGUGGGCGAAAUGUAACCAUCUCUCUGCAGUCCAGAACUGGUCAUACUCAUAUGCCAUCAGUUGUGGGUCUGCUGGUCUUUACUCAGUUCUGGUUCUGGUUCCCCCUCUCCCAUUUCCUGUCUUUGGCUUUUACACCCACAGCGAUUAUUGGCCUCAACAAGGAUCUUAAGAUGCCCAAGGUGCAGUACCGCUCCAACUGUAAGCCUUCCACCUUUGCCUACCCUCCAGCCUUGGAGGUUCCCAAGGAGAAGGAGAAGGAGAAGGUAUCCACUGCUGUUCUCUCCAUCACAGCCAAAGCCAAGAAGAAGGAGAAGGAAAAGAAAGAGAAAGAGGAGGAGAAGAUGGAAGUGGAGGUUCAGGAGGCUGAAAAAGAGAAGAAGGAUGAAGAAAAGGAGAAGGAGAAGAAAAAAGAGGCGGAGCCCAACUUCCAGCUCCUAGAGAACCCGGCCAGAGUGAUGCCAGCUCAGCUCAAAGUCCUGACCAUGCCUGAGACCUGCCGAUACCAGCCCUUCAAACCGCUGCACACAGGUGGAAUCAUCAUCAUGAAGGACACUAGCGAGGAGGAGGAGGAGCUGGUGGAGCCCGUCUCAGCUCAUGGCCCCAAAAUCGAGGAGGAAGAGCAGGAACCUGAACCGCCUGAACCUUUCGAGUACAUUGAUGAGUAGAAAUGUUGAGGCAUCAGAUGACAUGACGUCCCAGCAGGUCGUCCCCCAUCAGUGACUGUCUCACGUCCGUAUUCCUGUCUCACUUAGUGCUUUACACCCUUUGGAACAAUUUUUUUUUUUCUUUGUCCGUACAAUAAAAAUGGUCUUUGUUGGAAA